CGUUAACGGCGGCCCAGCUACAAAGUUUACAGGGCCAACGGCAGCCACAGCAGCUAACAGCCAUUAACCAGCAUCUGCUGAGUCAGGGUGUCCAGUUACAAAACCUUCAGCUCGCGAACGGCAAUCUUGCCCAAAUCCAGAUGUCGAAUGGUUUGAAUGGGCAACUGCUAGCCACCACUUCACUGCAGGCUCCCUUUCAGCAAGCUCAGGUCGGUGGGUUCGGGUUGUCGAAUCAGAACAUCAGUCUUAACCAGUUGGGCGGCGUUAACCUACAGCUUGCCACUGGUCCUGGUGGGGCAACGUUUGUAUCUCCUUCGAGUACUCCGGGUCCGGCCGGAACGGGUGGACAGGGCCAGCCCGGGGAACUGGUGGUUAGUGCUCAAAACAUACAAUUUACAACGGCACCAGGUGCUACUCCUGGAACUACGAUUGCUGUGACCGCGCAAGGCCAACAGCCGCAACAACAGCAGCAGCAGCAGCAACAUCAAGCUGGAGGCCAGCAAAUUAUAAACACUACCACAUUAGAUGGACAUUCGAUACAAACGGCACAACUUAUACAAACAGCUGAUGGAUUGAGAGGUCACCCGGCUGGAACUCCCAUUCUAACCACUGCCUCUGGUCAGCAGGUAAUAGUGACAGACGGCGGACUAGCAAAAGCACAACAGCCGUCACAGCAACAACCACAGCAACUGUAUAACCACACGAAUGCAAACAUCCAACCAUCGGUGGUUCCAUCGGUAACAGUUCAGCAGCAAUCGACGGGCGGUGUUACGAGGGUCGAAUUAGAGAAACCGAAAAAGGAUCGAAAGAAUAAGAAGAAGACGAAACCGAUACAUCCGCCUGUUGCCACCGCGGCACCAAUAAUGGUGCAACCAACCGUCCCGAUUACGAGCCAAGCGCAGCAUCAAAUCGUUACACCUGCUUCGUCCUCGUCUUCGUCGUCUUCUGUAGCUUCUAGCACAGCAGACCGUCUUUCAGCUUCUCCCUCGUCACCAUCAUCCUCAUCGAAUGCAAACACCAGUAGCACGUCAACGGUAUUCAAACUAGAUCUCGCAAAUCUUAUGAAGAUCUCCGGCAUAGGUAUCGAGGAUGAUGAUUUCAUGGAUUCUGAUGAACCGCCGCCAUUAUUGAGCACUGCCCCACCACCACCAGUCGCUACCACCAGUGGGAAUAUUCAUUCGUCUGGAGUCGAAUAUUCUGCCAACAUUGUGAUAGAACAGAGCGAUACCGGUGUAACGGCGAAUGCAGCAACAACAAGCGGCGUAGUAAGUGGUACUGGGACUGAAAGUAAUGUGAAGGAUCUUAUGUCACCCCCACCGCCACCUUCGCAAACACAGCAGGUGCAGGUGCAACUACCGCAAGCACAACAUCAGCAGACGAAUCGCACUGCUUCCAACAAUGACAUCAUGAUCACUAUCCCGGGCGGAGCUGGCAGUGGCUCGUCAAAUGUGGAGUACCCUUACACGAUUUCGAUACCCGGUCUCGAUGGAACAAUUACAAGUCCACGUACUCCCAAAACUCCCACGUCAACUAGCUCUACACCUGGGUGCCAGAACACUACUGCCACAGCGAAUGAUGGUCAGCCUUCGUUUAUGAUAACGAUCGAUCCUUCGAGUGAUCCAAAUUCUGGACAACCAUCCUACACCGUUUCGUUGCCACGAUUCGGUAAUUCAUCGAGUGAGGAAUCAAAGAUUGUAAAUGUCGCCACUGUUGCACCGACUGCCACUGUGCAGACUUCGACUGCACCAGUCUCUUCGAUAACCCCAACAGCAGUAUCUUCUGCUCACACCAAUACUAUCUGCGUUAACAGUUUGAUGAACAAUGUACUGAACAAUACGCAGGUGACACCAACGCUUCAAAGUCAGAUCAACGAAAUCCAAAACCAACUGAUCGCCGAAACGCAGCCACAUCUUGUCGGAGGAUCGAUACAACAGCAAAACAGUGUUAUCACUGCAACCAGUGUGCCGUUAAGCAGUACUACUACCCCAACUGCAUCGCUUACGACAUCUUCCACUUCAGCAACAUCAAUCAUGAUCUCACCUAGUAUCAACAACAGUAGUAGUAGUAGUAGUAAGGGAUCGGUUGGUUUAGCGAAGAAAAAAUCGAUAUCCCCUGGAGUAAAUACUACAAUAGGAGGAGCGGCUAAUGCCAACAAGAAAAAUGGCAAAAAGCUAGAGAAAACGUUUGAAUCGAUAGGUACCACCGGAGCCGUACCAACUCAGAUCGGCAAUAUACAGAUAUCGCAAAUCGACGGCACUGCUAGCACAAAGCCAGCCAAAGCAGGCACGAUCAACAACCAAAUACAGAUAACGCCUAUUAUUGACAGCAAGGUGAUAGUUUCGCAACCGAGCAUAACCAAUGCAACGCUGAUUGGGACUAACAGUGGGGGUACAGUUGGUGGGCAGUUUGCUCAAUCUAUGUCUACCCAACCAACGAUUACUAUUCAAGCAAGCAGCACGCUGGUGCCUGCUACACAAAAUCAAGCUAUUCUGACGACGGUGGCAGGUGCCGGAGUCGUUGCAGGACCUGGUUUUUCCCAACCUCAGCCACAGUCCAUUCCACCAACGUCGUCGGUGCAAACGCCUUCGGUUGUUUCCGGUAGUGGCGGAGGUAUAGUGUUUACGCCACAGCAACAUCAACCAAGUGUUGCUGUCCCAAUCACAUCGGCAGUGCAAAUGAAUCAAAUGUCUGCAACGGCAACACCGACAACAAGUACUUCCAUGGUGGUUACAUCACAGCAACCACAGCAACAGUUGCCGGUGGCUCCUGCUAUCGGCACAUCCACAUCUGCUCAAAAUAUUCUCUCACAACUGACCGGUAGCCUUAGUCUGUCGCUGGCGGAGAACGGGCAUCUUAUCCUGAAGCACGAUGUCAAUCAGCCGCAAACGACAGAAUCACAAAUGAUCUUACAGGCCAUACUUUCAGGGGCGCUUGGAAACAUUACACUGGUGAACGAACCUUCGAAGCCAGCUACCACCACGGCUACGAUUGCCCCGAUCCAACCAGCUCAGCAACAACAAAACACUGCACCAGCUCAUGGAGGACAUCAAAUCGUAGUGACGGCACAACCUGUCGCACAGCAGCAAAUAAAAUCAGUUGCAACCGUAAGCGGGCAGCAGAAACCUCAACAGGUACCAGCAACAGUAGGUACUAUAACUAUCCAAGCACAACAACCACAACAGAUCCAGCAACAGCAGAUACAAGGACAGCUUCAGCAGCAGCAGCAGCAACAGCCCCAUUUACAACCAUUUCAUCAGCAGCAGCAGCAGUUUCAUCAGCAGCAACAACAACAGCAAUUCCAACAGCAGCAACAACAGCAACAACAGCAACAGCAGCAGCUACUGCAGCAACAACAACAACUACAGCAGCAGCAGCAGCAACAAAACACCAUUUUUACAUCACAAGCCGGGGCUACACCUGGUGUCCAAACGAUCGGUGGUAGCGCCCAACCUCACCUAGUGCAAUCACAAGUAAUACAUCAACCAUCGAUGGUAUCAACGUCCAAAGAGGUACGAAAAUCGGAAAUAGUGCCAGAUCCCCGCCUUAGUAAACAGCAAACCAACCAACCAACGUCUCUUCCUCUUCAGCAAUCUCCCCCUGCGCUGCAGCAAACUCAGCAAACAAAUCAGAUGCAAGCCACUCAGCCAGGCCUGGCGACGACAACAGUUGUUGUGAAUCCCAACGUACCAAAGCUUGUCGAACUGCCGAAAGUAGGGCCAAACCAGCAGCUGUUUUCACUCAACACUCUGACGAACCAAAUAACGCAGCUCAGUCCCGGUCAAACUACGGCCGCACUGGGACCGAUGGAACGCGUGCUGAUCGUACCGACCGGUAUCAAUGCUCAACAGUUGGCACAGUGUUUGAUGCAGGGCCAGAUACAUUUCAAUAAUGUCGGCCAAGUGACGCAAUCGAGCGAAACUAAACCUACAGCAACGGUAUCAAAAUCACAACCUCCAGCUCUCCUUUCUUCAACUGCUAUGAAAGGGCCCGGUGUUGUUACUGCGAGUCAGCCACAUCUUGCCGGUAAUCCGUCCGUAAAAACGCAACAGAUCAUCACCAACACGAGCGGGAACGUGAUUGGUACGAAGGUAGUUAACAAUAGUGUCAGUAUUACGCCUGCCACUAAUACGGGGCAUGGCGUGCCGGUUACAACGGCGAUCGCAAAAGAAAAACCGAAAAGGAAUCGUGGCAAGAAGCAGGAUAAGCCCCCGCUUUCUGUUACUGCUAAUCCACAGCCAAAGACCGCAAUAGUGAAAGUGAAUUCCGUUUCCAGCGGACUCCCACCUAGCGUCGUUCUGCAGCCUGGGCAACACGCGCAACCAAUUCUUGCGGAGGAUGGUACAAAGAUUGGUACAAAGAUUGUGGGAACCGUAAAUCCUAACAACUUUGCUUCCAAUCAUCCACCCCAGCAGCAGCAGCAACAGCAUGCUUCCUCAAUAAGCUCUUUGUCGACAGCGUCGAAUGUUGGUGCUUCGCAGCCACUGAUCGCGCAGGUACAUCCUCAGCAACAACUCCAGACCAACAAAACGACAACGAUAACUAAAGGCGGAACAACUGUUACGGCUAUAGUUGGUACGAGUAGUGGCAACUUGGCUCCGGUAACUGCUGGCAUUAACAACGCUGCUGGAACAUUGAAGAAAGGACGUCUGCCCAUUCAGCACAAUCAUCAGACAGCUGCACAACAACAGCAACCAAUGCCACCGCUGGUGAGCGUUAAUUCAGCCGUCCCGGGUGCAGCCUCGUUGAGCAGCAGUACGCCAUCCGGUUCCGGAUCCGGUACUCCUACCGUGGUACCACGCGUGCAAACGAUUCAGCUUACACCGCAAAAGCAGCAACACCUUAAAAACGUCCAGUUACAGAUACAACAGCUUUCUUCGAAGUUGAUGAACAAAAAUCUGCUUUCCUCGCUUAUGAUACCGGCCGAAUUUGAUCCCACAAAUCCGAUCCAUAGCAAACCACUUCCGACGAUCAAAAACAUUCAAACGAUGACCGACAGCGAGAUCUACCAAGCGCUCCACCGACUGUUCAUGGAGCAGCAGAAGAUACUAUCGACCGGGAAGAUCAUUCCAACUCUUCCUGCUAGCCAUGCGUAUACUACAUCGCAGCCACCGCCUCCACCAACGCCCAUUGCGGAGCUCAAGCAGCAACCACAGCAGGCGAUCAUAUCACCAAUCACGGUAACACCAACGACCGUUCAAGGAGGCAACACUAGUCUCGGACACCCGAGUUCUUCGUCCGCAUCACAGCACUCGUCGAUGUCGAUCACAAUCACGAGCAGUACCGUUCCCAUGCAAGGUGUUGUCGGUGGCAAGUUAACGGGAACAGUUAACGCUGGACUGGCUCAUGUUGCGGCAACGAAACAAACAACGACGAUCAUACCAAUCACCACGAACCACACACUGCCUCCACCACCACCACCAGUAUCCAUCCAUUCCCUGCAAAAUAGUAAAGCGCUGGCCAGCCUUACGAACACCACCUCAACAGCUACAGCUGGUCCAACGAAUGUAAACGCAAGCAACGUACCCAAUCUGAAAUUGUCAACCACCGGCGGUGGAACAAUUCAGCAACACCACUUGGUGUUGAAUAGUAAAAACGUAGGGAGCGGUUCCGUUGGCGUGGUUCAAUCGCAACCGAACCCAUCCACCGUUGUAAUGCCACCGUUACACACGUUAGUUCCCCACCAAACACUCUCCAACAGUUCGACCAUUUCGAUGAUGAGCCUAAGCAAAGUUGACACCAGUAGUAGCAACGCCGGAGGUGUGUUGAUGAAUCAUCAACAGAUGAUCCAUCCGCUACCCUCCACAUCUGCCACGUCUUCAUCGUCAAUGACGACCGCUUCGAACAAUCUAAACAACACACCGGUACCACCUCCGCUAGUGCCAACCGGCCUUGCUUCGGGAAGUCACCUGAAAUCGCUGACGAACGCGGGAGUAGGCGCCAAUAAUUCCUCCAUCGUCAUCGUUGGAGGGUCCCAUGCAAUCAUUAGUGGAUCAUCACAAAUGUUGGCACAAACGGCAGCGAGAAUACAACAGCAGCACCAACUUCAGCAACAACUGCAGCAGCAGCAGCAGCAGCAGCCGAUGGUUCCCGGGCUCCUUCCUUCGGUGGUAGUGACAUCUUCUCCGGCGACCGUCGUUGUACCUAUCCCUUCUUCAAGCUCAGUCGCUGGUAUCCCAGGGUCUGUGAUAUCACCACCACCGUUGAUAACAGUUUCUGCAAGCACUGGUGCUAAUAGCACCAGUCACCAUAUAAUGCCAACAACCUUCUCCUCAAUACCGGUAGCAACCGGCGGUAUUACCGUUGUUGCUUCCUCUACACCGACCACCACUACUACAAUGGUCACGGCAACGGUUCCCACGACUACUACAACCGCGGAUGCGCUUUCGUCAGCCGUCGUUGCCGCUUCUGCACUGAACAACGCCUCGGGCGGUGGUCCGCCGGCUGUGAUUAUUGCGGCUCCAGCGGGUACUUCGCCGUCUACACCGAUGACCUUCAUCACGACCAAUGUACCGAACAGUCCCGCCGUGAAAGUACCACGCGCAAGUUUAUUUGAGAUUCAGAUACAAAAGGAUCAGGACGCUUGCACCAAGCCUGAUACAAACACUCCGUUCGGUAGUAAGCAGGACGCAAUCAAGCGGCUCAUACGUUACCAUUGCAUGUACGAGGAAAAAUGUGAAGAAAACGAAGAGGAAGAGAUGCAGUUUGAGACGACAGCCGAAUGGUUUCCAGAGGCCUACCGUACGAUGAUGAGCCGGUACCGCCGGUUAAUGAUAAACGAAUCAAUGCGCGAAGUACGUACUUCGGAACUGAUGUUGGUAAAUAAGCUGUUUAAGGCAGAUAUAACGGCUGAAAUUGAGGAGAUUCAGGAGCAGCUCCGUGAGACGACUGAGAAUUCUAAUCCCGCUUCUGACGACGUGAUAUGCGUAUCUUCUUCGGAUGAGGAAAAACCUAAAACCAACCGGACCCAAUCUGGUUCGCCGCUGAUGCCGUUAACAUUGCUAGACAUAGAGGAUGCUGCCCAUAAGAAGGAAUCACCAAUCAUUCAAAGUGCAUCGGGUGCUAGUUCAGUAAUCACUAGCGUAGAUUCAUCACGAAAAGUGAAAACUGAAGGAGACUCUGUAGGAGAAUUGACUGGCAGCAGCAAAGAUCCUGCAAUGUUUCAGAAAUCGAGUAACGUGGAUGGUUCUUUCCACAGUUCAUUCCAACAAACAGCGGCCCGAUCAUCGAUGAUUGCUUCCGUACAUACGACCACUACAAAAACAGAAUCGCCCGGACAACGUUGCACAGGAAACAGCAUACAUGAUAACUUGAAGAAAGAUCCUCCGGCGCUAGUAGAUACAUUCGAUGAUAUCGAAAGUGAAAUAAAGCCGAGCUUCAUUAUGAAGAAAUGUGACGACGCGGGUGGCGGAACGGUGGACGAGAAGAGAUCUACCGAUAUGGUGACGACGUAUCACGAUACGUUAGUUACACCAUCGGCCCCGCCAACGUUGCGGUAUUUCAAUCAAAUGCAGCCGAGCACUACACUUCCCAAAGAGCCAGAGAUGGGGUUGUUUUCAAAGGAUAUCAAACGUCAGUCUACAACGACAACUGCUGUUGUUCCUCCGUUGGCAGCGGUGAUUCCAACAUCUAUCAGGGAGUCAUCAGACCUAUCUGCUAACACCGAACACAACGAAUCUUCGACAUACGAUGAUUGGAUGUGCUUCCCAAAAGAACUCAACUAUUUUACCGGUUCUAGUGAAAACUGUACCGGCACUGUUGAGAGUGAACCCGGCAGAGAUGGAAACUCCGGAGUUGGUACGACCGGUAGGAAAAGAACACCCGAAGAAGAGAUUAACGAAAUGUUCAAUUCCAAUGACUCGAAGCUAGACCAGUUGUUCAGCGGAAGCACUAGCAUGGACGAUAAACCACAAUCAGCGUCCUCAUCCCACCUCGAUUCUCCGUUAACGGAGUUUUUCGACGUACACCAGCAAGCACAAUCCUCAAGCCUAACGACUGCAACUGGACCAUCAAGCAGUUGUAGUACCGCAAUGUCUACGUUACAUCGCGCAGACGAAAACGUCUCCGAGAUUCCAGCCACAACAGCCGGCAAUUGGACGUCGUCGGUGUUUCGUAUCGCUGAAUCGUCGACGAGUCUCGUCGAUGGUACAAGCUACACACAUAAAACGUCCAGUAACUUUGACAUUUUGCAACAACAACAACAGCAGCAAUCGAUCAGUGGUUCUCAUACGAGUCAAUCGCAUAAACGGCAUUGGUCUGCGACUACCAGUAGUAGUUCAACAACUAAUCUUCUGUACGCGUCGGACAGCACCGAUGAAUUGGCAGAGAGCGGCACCAAGCGACCGUGCCUCUCCGGCAACCGCAUAGAUGAUCAACAAUUAAACAAAGAAAAUGUCGGCGGAAGUGUGGCCAACAGCAACGCAGAUAGUGACAGUAAGACGCACAAUCGUUGGAUGGAGAACUGUGCGGCACCAGGCAUGGAAAGUAACUCGUCAUUAAUUGUUACUCCUACAAAUCGCCACCAUCAUACAUCCAACGUUGGCACAAAUGGUCCCUCAACAGCGACGCCAACUCUGCGACAGCAAGGAAGCUUGGAUUCGGUCUCCGACGACGUAGAUGGCCGAACGCCCGUUAUUAGCAUGCACCCGGGUAGCAUCCUCAAAGAUGGUAGCGGAAUGGCUUCCACGUUCCAAGAUCAUCAACUUCAACACCAGCAGCAACAGCAACAGCAACAGCAACAGCUGCUACAGCAACAACAUCAUCAGCAUCAGGCUACGCUACACGAUCUACAUCAUCUGAACCCACAGCUCACAUUCGAUGCACUCAGCGGAGCUAACUUUGACGAGGAUAUAAGUCGGCAGGUGCAGAACGCUAUCGAUAGCAUACUAAACUUGCAGAGCAACGAAACAGAUCCCGCCGCAUUGCACUAUUCGCUCGACCACUCGUUUCUCACCGACAGUCCACUGACCAGCCUAUCUGGUCACAGCAAUACUCUCCAGUCCUCAUCUUCGAUGAUUGGAAACAACGUUCACUCGUUGCCCCCCGAUCUUACGCCCCAAUCCAUGCCAGUUCAGCACCGGCAGCAGUCAUCGAUAGCAGCCGUCCAGCAUGUAGGGCUCGGAAAACGUAAAUAUCCGACCGAUUGCCCAUCGCCAAUGGUUGGUAUUUCGCCUGAGGAUGGCAGCCCGAUGGGUCCCGGUAGCAGUGGUAGCAGCAACAGUAGUAACAGCACUAUCAGCAGCUUGAGCAGUGCCAGCAGCAGUACAACUACCAAUCUUCUUGUCAGCGCAAUGACUAACCAACACUUUGGCUCGCCAGAAACGGAUCCGAUGAAGGCGAUCAUCAAAUCGUGACAACUUCACAACAGCAAUGCUUCAGAUGGCUAUGGUAGUCUAGCAGUACCUGACACUGCGGCAAUCGAUGCUUCUGUAGGUCUGGUAAUACCCUAAUAGAGUUAGAAACGAAUCGACGAACACAUUUUGAUUCCACACACGAGCAUCUGUGUUCCAGAGCAGGAUUAGGGUUGAUUUCGUCACAAGCGUAUUAACAACUUUUUUUUUUAAUUCAUUGCAACAGUUCUUAUAUUGAUCUUCGGAUAUGCUUACCGUGUAUCUAGAGCACGCGAUGUUUGAUUAUUAAUCAAGCCAUUUAAAAACACAUGUCAAACCUGUGUAGCAGUUGGUAACAGAUUUAUUGAUAUCGUUAUACCUUUUCGAUCCAGUACAGUCGGUGCAAACCAUGUGCACAAGAAGACGUUCUGUUACAAUGUCCGUCUGUUAUUUAUGAUUUUACCCAUCCUGAUUUAGAUUAUUUUCGAUAACGAUAUGAAUGUCUACACACUUCCAACAAGUUUACAUUUUUGGCUAUAAGUAAAUGAAGUGACAAUAACAAUUCAUCAACAACCAAUCAAGCUUCAGAAUCGUUUUAUGCUGUUUCUCGUUUGGUAAUGCUUGUUUUUAUCAUUUGUUUCUUUCAUUUAUUAAAUAACUUCAUGCCCUCACCAUUGCCCGUAGGACCUCUCAUUAUCGAAUUGACGAUCUCACAAUGUGUUGAUUUGCUGAAAAGAAAUACCAAGACACAUCAAGACUGUACGCGAUGAUUGCGGCGAUUAAACAUUGAAUCCUACUAAUGGCGAUAUACUACUACAUACGAACUGGUCUUCGUACACUUUGGUUCUCGAUGUCGGUUGUAUUUCAGUGACGAGCAUGUAAACAGAUGACAAGCGAUCCGUUAGCUCGUGAUGAUUUGAUUCAAUUUCGAACGAUCGAUUCCAAUGAAUAAAGACGAACAGCGCAGGAACCAGUGCUGGGUCAGGUGCAGCAUCUAAGCGUUGUGGCGAUGAUCGUGACUUAAGACAGAGAAAAAUGGUAGUUUAACUAAGGCGGAAACAAAAAAUAAUUAAACGAGUAAGUUUAGUCGUACGUAAUAUAUAUCUAUACAAUUGUACAUAUUCUCUCGCGAUUCAUGCAGAGUGAACACAGACACACGGAUAAUAGAAAGCCCCUAUUCUUAUAUAGCUGUGUAAGCUUAAGCGUAGCAUUGUGGCACUAAUGAGAUGAGAUACGAAGGUGACGGAAGCGAGUGAGAGAAUCGAAGCUCGCAAAGAGUGAAAUGCACAUGGCGAAUGCAGUUCCCAAAAAUACCAUGCAAAUCGUAUCAGUGUACCAGUGUGACGAAAACGAUUAUCAACGAGCGAUUCUAAUACUUAGCGGGACGCGCAGUGUAAACGUUGGCGAAUGCGUUUUAUGAAUUCAGUCAGUGUAUCAGUCGCAGCUGCUUCUGGUUGCCUCUGCACGACGAUGGAGAAAUCAUAAUAAUAUGUGCGUUUUAAACGAAGUAUCAAAUCUGGAUUUUUAAAACGGCCCAACAGAUUGUGAACAGAAAACCAGAUCUACCCAUUUUGGGCAAAGUACAGGUUGAAUAUGGUUUUAACAUAAAAGCCGGCCGUGCGUGUUGGUUUCAUUUCUACCAGUGCAAGAGCGGCUACAAAAAUGCUGCAGCACAAUCUUAUACUAAAACGGAAACAUAACCAUAGCGAGAAGAAGAAACCACAACAAUAAUCAAAAUCAAUAUUAAAAAGUACGGACCACCAAUCGUUUCCUCCUUUCCCUCCUAUUCUAUUGAAGAAUGGCGAUCAAUUUACGAAACCAGAUUGUAUAGAAAAUCGUCGUGGAUGUGAGAUAUAAGGGGGAUUUACUAAAUGCACGCAGAUAGACACUCGCCAAGGAGUUUCUUAUGUUUCGGUAUGGUGUCUGUGUACUCCCUCCGCAUCAGCUUUGUGUGUUGAUUUUACCUCACCGUACUCGCCUCGUCUUUAUUAUUGACUUUGUCGACCAACGUCGAAACGUUUUUGGAAAAUCGAAAAUGGUCAUCUGUUCAGGCGAGGGCAGAUCAAUUAUUCAAUGAAACCAAUUUUAAACAGUCAAUCGAUUUUUAGCCAAUAGCCAAACUCUUGAUUGCGGCUGCAAUAAUCAAUAUCUAACCUGACAAGAGACCAGACCACACGAAUUCGAGCAGGAAAAGCAACCAACAACACAUUUUAUCGAUUUUGACAAGUAGCAACCGGCCGAUCAUAUUCAAUCAGAAUAUGUGCUCAAAAUUUUGAUCAAAUAGCCGCCAUUGGCAAUCAAUGCUGGCAAUGAACACGAGACAUUAGAAAAAAUAGCCUCUCCAAUACAGGGUAUCCCAUGCUUCUUCAUUAUGGGUUCGUCUCCAUACUUAUGCGUUGUAGUGAAAAAAGCGAAUGUGUUGUAAUGAUUGAAUGGACUGGAUUAUCAAAACGCAUACGAUCGGCACGUUAAAGCUUCUGUUAAAUAAUUUGAUUCGAGCGAAAUUAUGGUUUCACAUUCAUUUUUGUGAAACCAUAAUUGACAAAAUGGCUGCCACGUGGACUGUGAAUGUACAACGGUAACGAUGAUCAACAAAUCCGUUUACUCUUGUGGGAGGGUCGUUUUAUUAUACUAACAAUGCUUCACUUUUCACCUCCAGCGUCAUAAGCGUUCGCAACCCGGUGAAGUAGAACAGGAUUGAAGGAGGGCAGUUGCAGCGUGAUUAUGUUUUUUUAAAACAUAUAUAAGAACGGAAGAGCCGUAUGUUUAGGCGUGAUUAUGUUGCGGGUUUCUUUUGUAUAUUCGGUCACGCGAACGUAGACAGUUAGAAAAUGCAAAUGAUAAUGAUGUAAGGCUUAAAAUUGUAGCAUGAAAUCUAUCUUGAUGCCAAGCAAGAUAGGCAGGAUGUUAUAGACAAAAAUUCACAGAAUUUGCUGCCUGAAACGUGUGGUGCAUAAAAUUAAUUAAACAAUUACACGAAACCACACGACGUUAUCCAUAAGUAGGUAAUUGGUUUUCUUUCCUUUCUGUUUACAUAUGAUUAUUAUUAUUUCUUUGAAUUAAUUUAAUUUAAUAUUUAUGAAACUCGUGAGACAGAAGCAACUAACAAAAUGGCGCUCCACAAGACACACACACUAAAAACAAUGCUCAUUCGCUGAAAUUCGGUGGCUUCGAGUUGAAAGCUAUCGUAUGUACUGAUGCGUACAGAUGAAGUACGUAAAAUGCCGCUGCAAGCGAUCGUUAGGUUGGUUUCUAAUUUUAACCAAUUCGAUAGCCGUUCGGCGCAAGUUUGAUGGGGACGCUAUAAGAAGAGCGUAAAAGCGAGUGAGACGAGACGGCGGGAGUGCACGCACAGGAGUUGUGUUGACAAGAAAAUGAAAGGGAAAACCUUAGAUUAAUGGAAACAAAUGAGCAUAAGCACACGAUUAGGCGUCACCGUGUGCGCUAAGUUGAAUAAGACAUAUAAUAAGUGUACAGCAGCGGAUCAUUCGGGCGGUAGCGCCGGCGAAGGCCGAGACAGUAUCACGGUAACACAAUGUUUAAAGAGAAUUUGACGAAAACAGAAAAUAAUCUAUCAAAAAUACAAUAAAAACAGAUGAUUUUUAUUGAAUACAC